AUGCUAUUCAUGCAAUAUUAGUUUAUAGUCAAAGUGUAGAAGAACUUCUAAGGCGCAAAAAAGUCCACCGAGAAGUCAUAUUUAAGUAUUUGGCAACACAAGGGGUGGUUGUACCUCCAACUACUGAAAAACACAAUCUUAUUCAGUAUGCAAAAGGUUAUUGGGAAGAACAGUCACUGAAACUGAAGACUGCAGCGGAAGCAGUUACAACGACAGAAGAUAUCCAGCUCUUUGAACAGCAGGCAAAAGAAGAUAAAGAGGCUGAGAAGGUUGAUUUCCGUCGCUUAGGAGAAGAGUUCUGUCAGUGGUUCUUCGAACUUCUUAAUUCUCAGAAUCCUUUUCUGGGACCACCUCAAGAUGAAUGGGGCCCACAGCACUUCUGGAAUGAUGUCAAGCUUAGGUUUUAUUAUAGUACCACAGAACAAAACGUGAUAGACUACCAUGGAGCAGAAAUUGUGAGCCUUCGAUUACUGUCAUUAGUGAAAGAGGAAUUUCUUUUUCUUAGUCCCAACCUCGACUCUCAGGGACUGAAAUGUGCUUCUUCUCCUCAUGGAUUAGUUAUGGUUGGAGUUGCAGGGACUGUCCACAGAGGAAAUACUUGUUUGGGCAUCUUUGAACAAAUUUUCGGACUUAUUCGUAGCCCUUUUGUGGAAAAUACUUGGAAAAUCAAAUUUAUCAACCUGAGAAUUAUUGGCGGCAGUUCCCUUGCUCCUGGAACAUUACUGAAACCAGCUGUUACAUUUGAACAGAGUGAUCUGGAGUCCUUUUAUAAUGUAAUCACUUUGUGUGAUAACCCUCAAGUAAGACCUAAUAUAAGGCAGGCCUUGGGUAGUGGGACUGGAGACCAGGGUUUAUGUAGUGGAGAUGAGGCCUUGUUGAACAAAAAGGAACUGAACUCGCCUAACCCUCUAAAGCACUGAGCUCUGACGGUCAGCCUGAGGUAGCUGCAGAAACUGCCCAGCACAGCACUGAUCACAUCUCAGCGAUUGCAGAUGUGAGGGUUGAGAUAUUUUAGCUGAAGUACCCUUUGGACUACAGACUAAUGUGAAUACUUGCCUAUUUCUACUCGAGUCACAGCAAACGUUUCGAGAACUUACUGCGGUCCAUCAAAUAAAUCCCACUCAGAUGCUGUAGAUAACCGUGUGCCUUAGAAACCAAAGGUGAUAUUUUCACUUUAGUGAGUAGCCUGUUAAUCUGUGAACCUUCAAGUGGCAAAGAUUAGUAGCUGUCAUGGCUUAUUGGAUGUCUAACAAAUGCAUCUCAUUAAAGUGUUGUCUAAAAAAACAAAUACAAAACCAAAAAGUAACAUUUUAGAGAUAUUUAACAUAAAAGUUUAGCCUGGGAAGAAAAGUUUAAGCUGCCUUUUUGAAACUUCUCUUUCAAGAUAUUCUGUUCUAGUCCAAGCAAAUUUCUCAAAUCUGCUACAUUUCUCAACAAGUUUGGGCAAUAAAUGCUGUUCUCAACACAGACCUUGUUACUACUUAGGCUUCAGCCAACGGUUUUAUAGAACAUUUACUAUGAUACCCUGAGUAUGAAAAAUAUGCUUUGAAAUUUUAAAGGUGUGCACAAUUCCUAGGAAAUAAAUUACUGUUCUUCCUCCUGAUUGAUAGUGGCAGAUUGAUGGUGGCAGAGCUUGGCCCUCCUCAAAAUAAAAACAAAGCCCAUUUAGAACUUACAAUAUGGGUAUGCAAAUAUGCAUAUGUAUAGCCUAGCAAAGUUUUUUACUUCUAUGUUACUAGAUUUGUUAGUUGAUUUGCCAGGUUAAAGUUUCAGUUUCUCAUCACCUGGUAACUAUUUAUUGAUCCUGGAUUUAUUUGGAAUUUCAGUUUUUAAAUUACUAUUUGGAAAAUUUUCAGGAAAAUGGGGUUGUGUAUUACUCUUGUUAAUUUUUAUAUUUAACACUGACAAUCUAGAGUGAUUGAGUAUGAAUAUUGGAAGUAAGAGCUAAGCAUUUACACCCCUGUUUUAUUUUAGUGGCCUGCCUCUUUGAAGAGUACAGAUCAGUAUGUUCUAACAUAACUAAUAAAGAUGGAAAUGCUUUUUUCUGUAUUAGAAUAAUAAACUGUUUAGUUUCAUCCCACAGUUAAGGAGAGCUUUAGGCAGUUUAACCACCACAAAACAUUUUCCUGUUAUAUGUAUAUUGUCAGUAUACUGUAGUUAGUUAUAAACAGCAGUCUACAAAAUGCUUACCAUAUGUUCAUAAAGUAAGACAACCAGGUCAUCAUUUACUCAUUCUACCUCUACUCAGGUUUUGAAAACUCAGUUUGAUUUUCCUACUCAUUUAGGUUUUAUAAAUCAAUAUAAAUAUCCUGAGAAAAGCAGGAAAUUAAAAACUAUCCUUAUGCUGUUUGUGUCAGUACUACAGAAAGAUGAUCUUUAGUUAUCUGCAGUAUUGAACUCUAGAAUGUAUAGAAAACCUAAAAGGCGCAGAUUUUUACACAUAAAACUAAGUCAACUUGAAAAAUUUGAAAUACUCUUUUGUUGUUGUUGUUGUUGUUUUGAGACAGAGUUUCUUUGUGUAACAGCCCUAGCUGUCUUGGAACUAGCUAGUGGCCUGUAGACUAUGGUAGCCUCGGACUCACAGAGAUCCACCUGCCUCUGUCUCCUGAGUAAUGGGAUUAAAGGCUUGUGCCACCACCGCCCCAUGAAGUAUUCUUAAUAGAUUGAGAAGAUUGGCUAUGUUUUUCAGGUUAUCUCUGCUUCUGGGCUCAAAAUAGAUUCUCAUAUUUCGGCGAAGUGAUAAAUGAACAAGCACUAAGUGGGGAGGCUUCAAGUUUGGUCUCCCGCAUACUCUCUUGGUCACGUGGAUUUAUUAUGUAGAUGUAAAAAAAACUUAGGCCUCCUUAUUAUUCAAAUUUAAGAGAGUUGUAUUCGGGUUGGUGGGAUAUUUUUGAUGACUGAGGCAAUCUCAUGUAUGUAUGUAUGCAUGUAUGUAUAUGUAUGUAUAAGGAAAUGUCCAGAGAAAGAAAUCUAGAACAACUGAAAUUUGUUCAAGAAGUGUGGAACCAAAAGAAAAUGCAGACAUUGAUGUCUUUGGCCCACCACCCAGGGCUGAGUAUGUUAGGAAACAGUGACGUGAGCUCUGGGUCUGUUUUGCUAUAUUCCACCCAGCUAAUAAUGUUAAAAUUUGGCAAGUACAACACUUAAAAUACAGACUGAUUUGUGUACUGCCUAGUUUUAUGUUAACUUGACGUAAGCUAAAGUCUUCAGAGAGGGGGAACGGAACCUCCAUUGAGAAAAUGUCUCAUAAGAGUGGGCAGGCCAGCCUGUAGAGCAUUCUUUUAGUGAUUGAUGAGGUCGACCCAUUAUGGUAAAGCCAACCCUGGGCUGGUGGUACUGGGUUCUUUCUAAGAAAGCUGGUUGAGCAAGCCAGUGUGCAGCAUUCCUCUGUGGCCUCUGCAUCAGGUCCUGCCUCCAGGUUCUGCCCUGCUCGAGUUCCAGUUCUGACUUCCUUCAGUAAUGAAUAGUGAUGAGGAUGUGUCAGCCAAACAAGCACUUGCCUUCUGAAGGUGCUUUGGUCAUGGUGUUUCAUCACUAAGACAAUUGGGGUUUCAGUUAAGGGAUCUUCUGGACUCUGUUUGCCAUAGUGUAAGAGCAGGGUGCAUGGCUAAAUACUCCUUUUUCUUGAGAAAGCCAAAUAAAAAUGUUCAGAUCUUCCACUAAAUUGUAAGCAGUGUUACAUUAAGGUAUUAAUACCAAAUUUCAUAUUUUGUGUGUCUUAAAAACUAAAAUGCCAAACUAUAGUAAAGAGCCAUGUGUAAUUUAUUAAGCUACUUUGUGAAUAAUAGUAGGUUUGGAGAUAUUCUGUGUUCUUCCCAGACGAAGACUGAUUACGUGAUGUUACUAGAAAUUAUAAAAAUGACCCAAAGAGGAUGUAAAGGUCCGCUUUACAACAUAAUUAUAGCCCGAUGCCUUUAAUCCCCAGUUGGGAGGCACAGGUAGGAGGAUCUGUGAGUUAGUUCCUGGUCUACUUAGUGAGUUUCAGGACAGCCAGAACUACGAAGAGAUAUCCUGUCUCCAGAAACCAAAAUAAAACAACAAUAAUUAAGUAAUUAUAAUUUCUGUUUUGAUAAAAUAGCUCUUUGCCUGAGUGGGUCAUAGAAAACCAUACCAUAAUUAUUAGUCUUUUAUAAAAGUAGAUGGGCGUUUUCGUCACUUUUUUUUUUCUUUUUUCUUUUUUUUUAUGGUGCUGGGGAUUGAACUCAGACUUACAUGUGAUGUACUGGGCACAUCCUCUGUCACAGCAACAGCUAAUACAGUGGAUAGACAUCAGCAGAAGGGGAGGGUGCAGUUCUUCCUCCCCAGAAGAAAGUUGCAUUUCUCAACAUUUCGAUGUGUUCAUGGUGCCUUUCCAAAGAACAUGUGAGCCCUGUAGAUUAUAUAUUCUACAUUAGGAAACUCCUAUAAUACUGUUUUCCUGACUGCCCCCCAAUGCUAAAAUUUCAGACGUCUUAAAUCUUUAAGGUGAUGGACUAAAUCUUAUGAAAGUGUAAUCUCUAGAAAAUAUAUUUUAACUUGUAAACUUUAUUUUCAAAAGAUGCUAGGAUUAGGUCUGCUGAAAUACUGUCAUAGAAUAUUAAGUGGUCAUAGAAUAUUAACAAGUUAUGUCACUUUGAUAUAGUGAUUGACAGCAUGCUUUGGAAUAAGAGUAUCAAGCUGUUAACCUCAUCCUAAAAUGAUGUUGAUUAUAUUUAGGUAAUUCUAAUGAAUGGUUUCCAGGAACACUAACUUUUUUUUUUCUCUGUUUAUGGGGCAGCACACUGCUUCCUCUUCUUCGUACAACCCUUCCCAUAACCUUUGUUUCUGUUUAGUUUAGAUGUAGCUAGCAGAGUUGCAAUGCUGGGAAUUGGAUCUGGUUCUCUUGAAGCUGCUUUGAGAUAUAUUAAUUGUCUACUAUGUAUAAGUUACUGGGUCAAGUGUAAAAUAUGAAUAUGUUGUCUGGGUAAACAUGUUGAGUUUAAAUCUCAUGUUGGAAGAUUUUGAUAAACUUUUGCAUAAAGAAAAAUGGAAAUUUUAAACAGUCAUGAGGAUGUACACAAUAUAGAUUAAAUGUAAAUGUAAAUAUAGAACAUAAGCUAAUUUGACAA